CAAGUAGUGACGGCAGUGACCCUACAGGAUAUUACGGAAGGCACGUAGCUGAAGAAACUGCCAGGUGUGCUGCCUAUUGUUUAUAGUUCUAGGAGCAGAAUAUUUUAAAAGUGAAACGAAUGUAGUGGUAAUCCAGUUUGCAAGGCAUUGGUUUGAGAACGUACAUUUCUUAUCCGUGGCAUAUUCGACGUAACCGCGCCUCAUGGGCAUUUGCUGAUUGGGCGAAAUGAAUUACAUCAUUGUCUUGCGCUCCUGAGGAAGUGUACGGGUGUUUGAUAGUGACAGAUAAUGGAUUAAUGAAAGAUAAGAGUAAUUGUUUCUUGUUAGAAUUUCAGCUUGUGACGUCAUUAAACCACUACCGUUGGUUGUGACUGUUGUGAAGCAUCAAAAAUGUCUGGUUUUGAGGAAAACCCCUUCGGGGAACCAACUGUGGAUAAUCCAUUUGCGGAUCCUGCUAUUCAGCAAGUUACCACAAAUACGAGCAAUGCUCAGAGGGGACUUGAAGAUUAUAACCCAUUCGCAGAUCAGGGUGAUCAACGGCCAGCUGCUGUGCGGGGUGCAUCUAAUCCUCCACAGUACCAAACGAUGCCCACAAUGCCCAUAGCACAGCCUGCAAUAAUGCAGCCUACACAAGAAAUCCCACCACCACCAUACACCAGGACUGGACAGCAGCAGCAGCAGCCGCCACAAGCUCAACAGCAGUUCAGUACAGCAGAAUUUCAGGAAUUAAAGCGACGACAAGAGGAGCUGGAACGUAAAGCUCAGGAACUUGCCAGAAGAGAAGAGGAGCUUAAAAAUGCACCUUACAAUGCAAGAAGAAACAACUGGCCCCCACUUCCUGAAAAAUGUUGUUUUCAGCCAUGCUUCUACCAAGACAUUAAUGUUGACAUACCUCUAGAGUUUCAGAAGAUAGUACGAUUGUUGUACUACCUGUGGAUGUUUCAUGCAUGUGUGAUGGCUCUCAAUUUGCUGGGAGGACUAGCAUUGAUGUUCAGCAGUGCAGACUUCACAACGUUUGGCCUCUCAAUCUUAUACCUUAUACUCUUCACGCCUUUUUCAUUCCUGUGUUGGUAUAGGCCUGCAUACAAGGCAUUCAGGAGUGACAGUUCAUUCAAUUUCAUGGUGUUUUUCUUUGUAUUCUUUUUCCAAUUUGUGGUCACUGUGAUUCAAACAAUUGGAAUUCCUGGAUCAGGCACCUGUGGAAUGCUGACUGCUCUUAAGUCUUUUGAUGGCAGUGCUGGAGGAAUUACACUGGGAAUUAUUUUACUUAUUAUUGCAUUGUGUUUUGGGGCAGCAGCUUGUAUGGAUCUGCUCCUGUUAUCAAAGAUUCAUCGUAUAUAUCGUAGUACAGGAGCGAGCUUUGCUAAAGCCCAGCAGGAGUUUACGACUGAAUUUUUGCGCAAUGAACACGUCCAGACUGCAGCUACAAAUGCAGCAGCUGCCACUAUCCGUGCCCAAAUGUCUUCAAGUCGUUACUGAGCUCUUUGCUGCAAAAUAUAUAACUGUACUGUAAUUAUGCAUACAUUCAUGUAAGCACUUCAUGAAUUGAACACUUGAUCAUUUCUUGAACUAAAUGUCAUAGCAGUCAUAUGACUUUGAAUGUUCUGCAGACUACCAGUAUUUCAGCAAGAUAAUGUGUGCAAAGUUAAUAUGCAUUUGACACCAUGCUGUUGUAAUACUUGCCUUCUAUCAGAUAUUUGGGAAUUCAGCUGUAGCUGUAUGUGGCUACCUCAGAUCAGUUGGAAUGACUGUCUUGGAAGGUGUAGGACAGUGAUUAAAUCUCCCAAAUAAGGGCUUUCAAAUAAAUGUGGCACAAUGAAUGUCACAUGUCCACGAAGUCUUGACAGAGAAAAUUUAACAUUAUCCUUUCACAAAUAGGAAGAAUUUUGAUUGUUAAUUCCUACAGUGCAUGGUUACAUGCAGAAUGUUUAUAUCUGAUUUAGUUGUAGUUUUUGCCAUAGUGUGGAACGCUCUGUUUUCCAGACAUAUGUAUUCAUUGUAUGGAAAAUCAAUAUGUCCUCUUUAAGUAGUUGCACAUCUAUCACCAGGUGACUUAAAGGGCAUCACCGUUCCUUCCAGUAUGAAGUCUGGUUUGCCUUUCAUGAGAAUCUUUUUUUGGAGGAGGUCUUCCUAAGUGUCCUUCCUCCUCACUUUUAUAUCUGAAUGGUAUGUGACUUUCCAAGGUCAUUCUUUCAUUACAUUCUUCCCAAUUUCUCAUAUAGUGUUGAUAUCUAACACUGUUUUGAAAUUCAUGCAUGAAGACGACAGAUCGUGGUUGUGCAUAAGUUUUUAGGGGGCAGCUGUAUUGUCUGUACUGGAAAGAUUAUUAACAAAUGCACUUCUUAUGUGUCAUAUCUGAGGAGAGUUGUUUAGGGUUUGGAAAACACAGGUCCCCCUAAAACUGUCUGGGAAACAAGCUCUAAAUUUGAUAUACUGGAAUGGGUACCAGUAACUGAGUUUGCAUAUUGAGACAAAAUAAUAAAUCAUCACAAAAAAAUAAAAUGCAAAGGCAUUUUGUGCCCAGAAUAGUUGGUGAACAGUAGCACUUGAGAAUUUAAAAGAGUCCUACUUAUGUAAGGAAUUUAUUAAAUUUUUACUUGAUAACAGUUUUUAAGCCUUGAGUCAAUUGUAUUCUUCUGUACUAUUAAUUUUCAGUUUAAAGACUGAUAGAUAUGCAGUACUGUAAAGAGUAGUAACCACUUUAUUCUUCUGUCUCUCCAACUAUCUUCUAAUAAAUUAAACCAAUAUUGUUCCUUCCAGGAGUGCUAUUUUCUACAGGCAGUUAACGUGGAUUUCUCUAAUGUAGCAGUGCAAGUAGGUACCACACAGUAUAUACAGUACACUUUUGUAAGUUGAGAUAUUUAGUCACCUUGUCUGUUACAUGAAGCAGGUGUAAUAUAAUUUAAGCACCAGUCAGUCCAUAGUUUGCUGUAAAUGUUGUUGGGUACGUUGAUUAUAAUGGAAUUUGGAGAUGUCCACUGGUGUUCUUUAUUUGAUUUCUUAAUUAAUUAUGCAUAAUAUAAUAGUCUAGUAAUUUAUGCAGAUAUUUACCAGUCAAACAUUACUGUAUAUAAAAUCAAAUACUAAAUAAUUUCAGCAAUGGUCUGAUACAUGUGAAACAUUUGAUCACAAGGGAAGUGUAAUUAAUGUAUUGCUUACUGUUUGUGUUACAUGUAAUAAACAAUGAGCUGUGAUCAGUGUAUUUCUAAAACCAAUUAAAGAAAUAUCUGAUGAA